CGGGUGGCCGUGGUGUGCUGGAGCAACCAGAACCGGAGCAUGGAGGGCACAACAUCCUUAGCAAGGUGGAUUCAGCGUCCGGUCCUUGGAACAGGAACUCACGUGAAGCUUCCAGGACCAGCACCCAACAAGCCGAAUGUUUAUGAUUUCAAAACCACAUAUGAUCAGAUGUGCAAUGAUCUUCUUAGGAAGGACAAAGAACUCUACACACAGAAUGGCAUUUUGCAUAUGUUGGACAGAAAUAAGAGAAUUAAGCCCCGGCCAGAGAGGUUCCAGAACUGCAAAGAUCUGUUUGAUCUGAUCCUCACUUGUGAAGAGAGAGUCUACGACCAGGUGGUGGAAGAUCUGAAUUCCAGAGAACAAGAGACCUGCCAACCUGUACAUGUGGUCAAUGUAGACAUCCACAUCAAUCAGGAAGAGGCCACCCUGGGGGCCUUCCUCAUCUGCGAGCUCUGACAGUGUAUCCGGCACACGGAGGACGUGGACAAUGAAAUUGAUGAGCUGCUGCACGAGUUUGAGGAGAAGAGUGGCCGGACCUUCCUGCACACCGGGUGCUUCUACUGACAGCCACGGCAGUCUUGGCGGCGCCCCGCGCCCUCUGUUCAUUCUUUCCCUCUGACACUGGUUUUUACUUAGGUAUCCUUUGGGGCAACAGUGUGGUCCAGUAAGCUGUACAUACGAAAGAGAAGAGAUGUACACGCCAUAUAGAAACAAUCAAGUUUUUCUGUCCCACUUUUACUUUUGAGUGGGAUGUUGAUUAUAAAGGUUUUUUUCUUUAACCAAAAAAGAAAAAAAAACAAAACUGUUCAUAGU